AUGGAUUGGGACCACCUAGCAGAAGAACAUUCCCAGGGGCUGUUUUCUGCCUGGCUAAAAUUGCUGUUCCGAGAGUCUCCUGCGUUGCCUCUUCGACUAGCAGGCCGUCAUCGCCCUGAAAGCCCAGCAGUCACAGUUUCAGAGUUUACCACUGGAUCUUACAACAUAUGCUGCACAGUCACCUUUGAAGAUGGAUUCCAAGCUCUUGUACGAUUUCCUAUCCUUGGCCGAAGCCGGUUCCGCAUUGAAAAGACCAACGACGAGCUUCUGGUCAUGGGUUAUCUCGCCCGAUUCACACCGAUUCCGAUUCCGAAACUUCUUGGCACCGGGAGAUGGGGAUGCGGUCCGUAUAUCGUCACGACUCUUGUUGAGGGGACUUUGCUGUCCCACUGUCUAAGAGAUCCAACAAUGCAGACACCCGGCCUGGAUCCUCGCAUAACCGAUUCUGACUUGGAACGAGCUUAUCGAGGCAUGGCCCAGAUCAUGUUAGAGUUAUCUAAGCCGACAUUCCCAGCCAUCGGGGCCCUGGGAUGGGAGGCGGGAGUGUGGAAAGUGACCAAGACGCCAUUGACUCUCAACAUGAACGAACUCGUACGAGUUGGGAAUUGCCCCCCAAAGAUAUUCACCGAUUGCCGCUUCAGAACGGCAUCCGAAUACUUCCAGGAACUGGCAACACAGCAACUUCUUCACUUACAGUAUCAGCGGAACAACGCCGUCAAGGACGAGUCCGACUGCCAGAAAAAAUACGUGGCACGGUGUCUUUUCCGCAGGAUUGCUCGACAGAUUUCAACUCAUCCAGGUCCCUUCCGUCUUUACUGUGACGACUUUCGCCCUUCGAAUGUUCUCGUGUCCCCGUCAGACUUCACGGUCACUGGGGUUAUCGACUGGGAGUUCACCUACGUUGCGCCCGCCGAAUUUACUUACUCCGCGCCUUGGUGGCUCCUGUUUGAGAGCCCAGAGGCCUGGGAGUCGGACUUGAGCGAAUUCUUGAUCCGCUAUACACCGCGUCUUCAACUUUUCCUCAAGGUGCUUCGAUUUUGUGAGGAAGAGCAGAUUGCGAAGGGAUCUUUGACUACAUUACAACGUCUCUCAGAUCGAAUGGAGAUGUCCAUGGAAAAUGGCUCGUUUUGGUUCUGCCUGGCGGCAAGAAAGAGUUUCAUGUUUGACGACAUCUAUUGGAAGUUUAUUGAUCAGAGGCAUUUUGGCCCCCUAAGCUCGCUCAACGAUCGACUUUCCCUUCUAACCCAACAUGAGCGGGAUGCCAUGCCUGACUUUAUUCAAGCCAAGAUGCAGCAGGCUAGGGAGAAGACUCUUGAGACACACUUGACUUUUGAUGAAACUGUUGAUCUUUAG